AUGGAGUGGGAUAUUCCUCAAGGUAUUGUAACAAGAAAAGUCCUGCGCGAAAGACCAAAGGUAAACCGGAGGCAAUUUGUUGUCGACUCCGGCAGCUCACAUCACGUGCUCAACGAUCAGAGCUUUUUCACGAAACUAAACUCCGCGACGACAUCUCGAGAAGUCAAGCUUGGCAACAACAGUACCCUUACGGCACAAGGGUAUUGUGACGCCUUGCUGACUUUCCGCCGAGGCAACAAGUGCGUGAACAUCAAGCUUUGUGACGCUCUCUAUGUUCCGAAAAUGAAUACAAACCUCAUCUCUGUUAGCAAAUUGACAGAAAAUGGUUACAAGGUUUCAAUAAACCCCGAGAGGACUCUCAUCUCCACCGGUCAGGGUAGAGCGACAGCCGAGUGUGAGGAAGGACUGUACGUCCUCAACAUCGACAAAAGUGAGCCCAAAUGUCUGCAGACUCUAAGCUAUACAUAG